ACAAUGUGCUUUAGGAAUUAAAUGCUACUUAUGUAUUAGAGACAUAAAAUCAAAGGUGAUACACAGUGUACAGUAUAUGUACAGUGUAACCAGUGAUAUACAGUAGAUAUCCUUCUAUGCCAACAGAGGGCACUACUUUUUAGGUUUUAUCUUACAGUAUGUGAGUUCAGGGCACUUUGGAAACAAAUUCACCCACAGAAAGGAAGAAAUGGGUUUUCUGAUUGAACGAACAUAAGAUUCAGAACAUAAGAUAAACUGGCAUACAAAUGUGUGAAUGUGGGAGUUAGAUAUACAACGUGUGUAAAUAUUCAAAAUGUCUGAAUAUAGGUGAAAACUCCCAAGUCUAGUUUAUUCACAAGUUUGCCAGAGGCAAUAAAAUAAGGUAGUCAAACGCUUACUCAGCCUUCACAGGGCACAGUAUGGCUUCUCUGAGAAAGACCCCCCUUGGCAUAUUUUAUUUAAUCUGAAUGAGAUUUGUUUCUGUGUGUACUUGACUAAAAACAUCCAUGCAGUGUGACGUUUCAGGAGAAGGCCUGCCUCUUGAUACAUGUAAGACUGGAGAAACGAGAUGGUCUCCUCCCACUGUAGUGCAGGUAUCAGUUAUCUGCUUAUCAUAUCAUCUGUACCCAGACAUGAGCAGGCUACAUCAUAAAGAUGUGUCUUAUUUUAAGACCACACCCACUGCUACAUAGUGUCCAGUCAUGUAAAAUUCCUGAAGAGAGGAACAACUUGUUGGCUUGAACACUAAGGAGUCUGGAGCUCAAGUAUCUAUGAUUUACAUCAACUCCAAGACCAACUGCAAGGAUUGGAUAGCAGUUUGUUGCAAACAGACAAAUGGCUGCUGACCAUUUGCAAGACUUUGCAGAGCGACGGUCCUAUGUGCGGCCUUUAACUUUUGGUCUGUGCAUGGAACACCAACACUCACCAUUCAGAGAUGCACUAAGCCUCCACUUUCAGCAGACUUACUUAGAGCCGGUCUACAGCCACAGAUACACUGGGCGCUUCUCCUACUUGCACUUCCCCACACCCCUGAGCAUGUACGACUGCUCCUUUGAACCAGCGUUCAUCCGUAAACGCAAUGAGCGUGAAAGGCAGAGGGUCCGUUGUGUGAACGAGGGCUAUGCACGGCUCAGAGAGCACCUGCCUCAAGAGUUUGAGGAUAAAAGACUGAGUAAGGUGGAGACAUUACGAGCGGCCAUCAGCUACAUCAAACAUCUGCAGAAUCUCCUGGAGCUGCGGCUGCCAGAUGCCAUGAUGGAGCUGUCACCCGGGAGCGAGAGAGGGACUGAAGCUAUGAUGCAGCUCACAGAGUGUAACAGUGAUGGAGAGUCUAAACACAGCCUGAGUGACAAUGGGGAACCAUGCUACUGAGCAGACUCCAUCACACAGACAACACAAAUAGCAGCAUGGUCCAUAUGAAGUCCGUAAUGAUGGACUAUUCUUUUGUUACCACACACAAAUAAAAUCUGUGGAGAAGGAUGGCUUUUAUAAUAUACUUUCCUGAUGAUGUUAAAUAUGGUUUGCUUCCUAAUGUUAGACUUUUUAGAUCUUGCUAUCUAGUUACAGUGGAUUUCAUCAAAACCAGAAUAACAUGAAAAUCCAAUUUUAACAUGCACCUUGUUGUUGCAUUACUGCCAUUUGAGUAAAUCUGGAGAAGAAAUUGGGAAAAUAAAUCAAUAAACAGGACUGAUAUGCAUUUUGUGGGUUGCUAUGAUAAAAAAAAAAGUCAUGCAAAAUUUUAACAUCGAAAUGAAACUAUGUGCAAUAUGCUUCAAACCAGAGUUGCAAUUAUUUACAGUCAAUUUUCAUGAGUUUUCAUUUCAUUUUCAUGUUCCUUUCUUUGCAUAUUAAUGUAUGUAUGCACACAAUAUCCACAAUCAAGAACCCAUACCAACUUUUGAGUAUCAACUUUUCAUGAAAAGCAAAAUGCUGAAAUAGUUAUUAUUACAUUUUUGUUUUUUGUUGUUUUUGUUGUUUGCUGCUAUUCUCAACAUUAAUGAGAUUGUUUAUAAUUUGCUAAAUUAGUUGGACAAAAUCAAUAAAUAUCAUAAAGCAUACUGUGCUGUUAUAUUUUGUGACAAGGUCUUCUUCAUUAAACUGAAAGGCACACAGUGUGAAUUUCUCAGUUAGGUCAGCUUAUGGGAUAGAUAACUGAGAGGAAGUUUUUUAUUCAUCAUUUCCAUGUAAUUUUCCAGCUAAUAAUUUUAGAAUGUUUUCUAAAUGUUAUGGUUCUAGGAAUGUUGUGAAUCCAACCAUUGUUAUACAGUACAGAUGUUUUCAGAAUAUUGCAAGAUUAACGUUUAAAAAACACACACAUACAUACACACACUCUGCACAGUUUUGUGGGUAACUGCAGAACUUAACUAGCCAGGGAAACCAACGCGGGAUAACAAAACGGAUUGUUGCAGGAUGGUAAA